CCGGUGGUGGUCCUGUCCUUGGGGCCAGACCUGCAGGGAGUGACUCCAACUCCAGCCCAGCUCCGCACGGUGCCCUGCCCUGCCUUGCCCCAGACGGAGCCCCCGGGCUCGGCCAGCCUCGCCUCCAACCGCGCACCGCUGCCUCUCCGCUCCCCGUCUCUCCUCGCCUGGCCUCACCAUGCUGCUGUCCGGGGAACCCUCCCGCUCGGGCCUGGCCUGGGAUAGACAGCGCUAGAACCUCGAGGAGGAAAGGAGCUACCCACAACGUCUCAGGGAAGGGAGGGAUAGACACGUCGGGAGGAAGGGGCCUUGGGAGAAGGGGCGUCUCUGCUGUUUGUGACCCGCGCUGCUGGUCCAGUCCCCGGGGAGGCAGAAGACGAGGCGGCGCAGAGACCAUGGCCCGCGUCUCCUGGGAGCUCUGGGCGCUCCUGGGCUGCGGGGUCUUUCUCCUGACCCUCGGACAGCAGCAGCCUCACCAGCAGAGCUCCGACGCCGUCCCCUGGAGGCAGAUGAUCCGGUGGGAGAACAACGGACGGGUGUACAGCCUCCUGAACUCGGGCUCCGAGUACCUGCCCGCGGGCUCCGUGGAUCACGACGGCAGCUCCCAGGUGCUUCUGGCCGGGGUCCAGCAGACGAACAGCCGCAGGAGCCCCGGACGCCCCAUCCGCAGGCAGGCCCCCUCACUGCCCGUGAGGGUUGGCUCGGACACCAUCCGAGGGCAGGCCCGGCACCCUUUCGGCUUCGGCCAGGUGCCAGAAAACUGGAGGGAAGUGGCCGUCGGGGACAGCACGGGGAUGGCCAGAGCCCGCACCUCCGUCUCCCGGCAACGACAUACGAGCUCCGCCUCCUCCUCCGUCUUUUCUGGCUCAGCCUCAGCCUCAGCCUCUGCCUCUGCCUUCGCCCAGACCACCUACCGGCAGCCAUCUUACCCGGCGCAGUUCCCCUACCCCCAGCCCCCUUUUGUCAGUCAGUACGAGGCGUACGACCAGGCACCCAGGGCCUAUGAUGAGAGCUACGUAUAUUACCGGAGCGCCGGAGGCGGGCCUGGAGCCGGGGCAGCUGCAGUGGCCUCGGCUGGAGUCAUCUACCCCUUCCAGCCCCGGCUGAGGUAUGAGGAGUACGGGGAGGAGCAGACGCCGUAUCAGCCUCAGGGCUUCUAUCCAGCCCAGGAGAUGCCCUUCAUGCCAAUGCCCCAGCCCCAGCCCCAGCCUCAGCCCCAGCCCCAGCCCCAGCCUUCCGACGGGCUGGACAGGAGGUAUUCCCACAGUCUGUAUCAUGAGGGGACCACGAACUUUGAUCAAACUUACCAGGACACUUACAACUCGGUCCCAGGCCAAGUGGUGCCAGGACAAGUAGCAGCUGCUCCUGACACCUCGCAGGUGAACGGGGGCUCCUCCCCAGGCUUGGGACCAGGCUAUGUGACUGAUCCCCGUCUGGGUUGGCAAUCACCUUAUGCCAAUGUGCCCCCAGAAACUUACAACCCACCGAGAGUGGUGGAACCUCAGCCUCCAUUCCGGGUCCUGGAACCCUAUGGGAGUGCCCCUAGGCCAGAAUCCUAUGUGCCCAUCAGGAGCUCUGAAGCUCCCCCAUUAGGUGGGGACAGACAGGGCACUCAGCAAGGCCGGGUCAGCGUGGGCAGUGUGUAUAGGCCCAACCAGAAUGGACGAGGUCUCCCUGACUUGGUACCUGAUCCCAACUAUGUGCAGGCCUCUACCUAUGUUCAGAGGUCCCAUCUUUAUUCCCUGCGUUGUGCAGCAGAGGAGAAGUGUCUGGCCAGCACCGCCUAUAGUCCUGAGGCUACUGACUAUGAUGUGCGUGUCUUGCUGAGAUUUCCCCAGCGAGUGAAGAACCAGGGCACAGCUGACUUUCUGCCCAACCGGCCCCGCCACACUUGGGAAUGGCACAGUUGUCACCAGCAUUACCAUAGCAUGGAUGAAUUUAGCCACUAUGACCUGCUGGAUGCUACCACAGGCAGAAAGGUGGCUGAGGGUCACAAAGCCAGCUUCUGCCUAGAGGACACCACAUGCGAUUUUGGCAACCUCAAACGCUAUGCCUGCACUUCUCACACACAGGGCCUGAGUCCAGGGUGCUAUGAUACAUACAAUGCUGACAUUGACUGCCAGUGGAUUGACAUCACUGAUGUGCAGCCUGGCAACUACAUCCUCAAGGUGCAGGUGAACCCAAAGUACAUCGUGCUGGAGUCUGACUUCACCAACAACGUCGUGAGAUGCAACAUCCAUUACACUGGACGCUAUGUCGCCACCACGAACUGCAAAAUUGCCCAAUCUUGACCUGCUCAGGAUUCACUGAUAUCACCCCACCCAAGCCGCCCUUCUCCAAACAUGGUCUGGCUCUUUCUGGGCCCUGUGAGCCCAGCCAAACCCCCCAUAGGCCCUAUGGACCCUGGACAGGAAGGAAGGGGAACCUGGCAUCAUGGAACAAACUGGAUGACAAGGGACUCUAGGUCUUAUUUUUAUCCUUAACUUCCCCCCAAAACUUGGUUGUGUUGGUUGUUGGGUUUUUUUAAUUUUUUUUUUAUUAUUUUGGCCACAGUGCUGAGUGAAGAUUGCUGAUGAUUUAAAUUGAAUAAAACAAGAUUUUCUAC